AAGAGGAAUUCUGUCAUGCACAUUGGAGCUUUAUUAACAAGCCACUCGCGCUUCUUUGGGACGGGGUCCACUGAGUUGACACACAUACUCCGAACCGAGUUCCCCCCCCCCCACUUGUUCCUUGAUCUAUUCCCUCAUGACCUCUGCUGAAAGUUCUACCGCCGCUGCGAAACGUGCGCAAGAAACCGUACACCAUAAUUCUGCUGACGAUUCGGAUGAGGAAGACGAAUAUAUGGAAGAAGAAGAAGAAGAGGAGGAGGAGGAGGAAGUCGACGACAGCGACUACCACAUGCUGACUCAAACCCUCGAAAGGGAACGUGAUGCGAAUAAAUAUAAUCCGCGCCAGAAUAAAGACGAACGACGCGAGAUUCGUCAGCUUUAUCGUGAAUUGAUUACAAAAACUGAAGAAAGCAAGCGCGAUUUAACCGAUGCCGCCAAUAAUGGCUUGAUUCGUACAUUGGAAAAAGCCAAUGCUUUGUAUUCCAAAGUGAGAAAUACCCAAGAGGCCACGCUGGAUUCCAAGUUGCUCGUACUGUCAGCUGGAUUAGGUGCCCAAAAGGCGCGUAAUCUAAGGCUGGAUCACCAACUCUUCAAUAUUGAUGAGUUUGUAUCCAAGAUCAAAACCUUGGGACGAACUGCUGAAGCAGAUCUGGAUGACGAUAAUGAAUCCCACUUGGAUUGGAAAUGUAUUGGUAUACGUGCGAUCCAAUACGGAAAGAGAGCGCGUACCAUCGAUUUCAUGCUCGGUCCGUUAUCUGUCGAACGAAAGCAACGCAGAGUAACAAGACAAGUACGGCUUGUCAAGAACAAGGAGGAUCUUGUACAGCCCACAAUGCUUCGAGAAGAGGACAUUCAACAGCAAGAGAAUGAAACUUCCAACAACGUCAAUCAAAUUUAUAAAAUACUCGAUGAGCAAGGCCCCAUGAACUACUUUGAAUUCAUCACCAAUCCCGAAGCCUUUUCGCAAUCCGUAGAAAACAUGUUUUAUGUCUCCUUUUUAAUACGAAAUGGUGUGGCCGAAAUAGAUGAUUCCAGUGGCCAACCCAUGCUAGGAACCCGCGCGCCGCCAACCACCGAUGAACUCGCCAAUAAUCUGUUGAAAAAGCAAAUUAUCAUGAGUCUGGAUAUUCCAUUGUGGAAGGAAAUCAUUGACACGUAUGGUAUUCAAACCUCCGUUAUCCCUACCCGCGCUAGCCGACAAGAGAUGGCUCCCGGUAAAUGGUACUAAAUGGAGUCUCUAUUCCAUCGCUUCCCCCCUCUGUACAGUUGAUAAUAAGUUCAAAAAACUCAUUCCAUGUUGUUAUAUGUCUUCGCAUUUUGUUUAUUUGCAAAUAUACAU